GUGCGCCUUCGCUGCGGUUCCGGUUCCGGGGCGCGCGGGAAGAUGGCGGCGGCCGGUGAGGAGGCGGAGGCGACGGACUGGGCGCUGCCGCCGGAGGUGGAGGUGCUGGAGUCCAUCUACCUGGAGGAGCUGCGGGUGGCGCGGGGCCGCGGCAGGUGGGAACCCUGGGAGAUCAGCAUCACCCUGCACCCUGCCACGGCCCAGGACCAGGACUCCCAGUAUGUCCGCUUCACCCUGCUGCUCUCCGUGCCCCCCCAGUAUCCCAACAAAGCUCCAGAAAUCUCGAUCAGGAACCCACGGGGGCUGUCAGAUGAGCAAAUUCAAAAGAUUUCCCAGACCCUCAGAAGUGUUGCUGAAGACAGGCUGGGGACAGAGGUGCUCUACGAGCUAAUUGAGAAGGGGAAGGAGAUUCUCACUGACAACAACAUUCCUCAUGGCCAGUGUGUGAUCUGCCUCUACGGAUUCCAGGAGAGAGAAGCUUUCACAAAGACCCAGUGCUACCACUACUUCCACUCCCACUGCCUGGCCCGCUACGCCCAGCACAUGGAGGAGGAGAUCCUCAUGCAACAGGAGGAGAGAGAGCAGCACCUGGCGCCAUCCCCCAAACAGGAAGUCGGUGUGCAGUGCCCUGUCUGCCGGGAGACCCUCGUCUACGAUCUCUGUGCUCUGAAGGCAGCGCCGCCCCCGCAGCACCCACUGGAGCCGUACAGGCCAGAUGCCAAGACGCUGCAGCACCAAGAAGAACUGCGCUUAAUUUUCAAGAGACAGCAAGAGAAAGGGGGCAUCAUUGACCCUGAAGCAGAGAGGAACCGUUAUUUCAUCAGCCUCCAGGCGCCUCCGUCUGCUGUCGACCCAAACCAAACAGCUGCUGCCUCUGAGACACCGGUGAGUGCAAGCGCUGUGGAUUCGCCUGAGCUGCCCAGCCAAGCCUCGGCUCCAGAGCCAGCCGGAGGGACGGAGGCCAGGGCAGAACCCCGGUGGCCUGAGAGGCCUGCUGUGCCCAGGGAGCAACAGAGCAAGAGGGAGAGGCACAGAGGGGAGAGGCCCAGCCCCAGAGGCCAGGGCAGGCAGUCGUGCAGCAGCGUGCAGGAACCGACAGAGGAAGGCUGUCAUCUGCUCCAUGGCUCCAGAGGGCCCAGGGGCUUCAGCCGAAGACCAGAGCGGAGACCUGGUGGGAGGCACAGCCAGGAGUUUCCAAAGCCUCACAAUAGAAACAGGGCUGGUGCCUUGGCUGAAAGAAAGGAGUUGUGCCCUGAAGACCCCUCACCAGUAACAGAGGCAGUGGACUUGAAAGAGGAGCAUCAUGAUGUGGAGAGAUGGACCCCAGAGGAGGGGGCCGAGGCCCGGGGCAGGCAGAAGGAGAACCUGGCAUACAACCGCAGCGACCACAGAGCAGCUCCCAGCUGGCAGGGCCACCACAGGCCCUGGGAUUGUGGAAGGUGGGAGAGGUCUAGGGUCCAGGAGCGUGGCUCCUACCCCAGAGCUCCAAGAGGGCGAGGGGUGUUCAGGCCCAGUGGACGUCGAGAAGCCCAUCUCCUUGAGAAGGAGAGUGGCUCCUAGCAGGAGUGGUGAGGGGCUGGGCUGGGGGAGGGAAGGGCUGUUUCUGGGGAGAACAGUGAAGGCUCUGGUGGAGCAGUAGCAAGCAGACACUUGGGAGGGAGGAGGCAGUUGGCAUGUGGCACAGCUUGGGACAGGCAGUGUCUCCAGGAUAUGUGCAGAGUGAAGCAUCCUUGUGUGAGCGACUGGCUGCCACCAGCAUUGGAGAAGCUGACUCCUGACAGAUCAUGUCAGCCUUGGUCUUGGAGCACCUAGAGGGCAGAGGAAGCCUUGACCGGGGACCUGGAGCCAUCAUCCCUCUAUGUGAGCUGCCAAGAAACGUGCACACCUACAGAGCAAAUGGACUGAGCCCAACGUGGUGCCACGGCAGAGCCAGAGUUGUGGCAGGACCUUCCCAGCAGAGCUAUGGUGGUGCCAAGUGACGAGGCUGUGCCAGGACAGCAGCUCAGCUUGCUGUGUCCCUUUGUGCUUCUCAGAGCGCCUUCUCAACUGCUUUCCCUGUCCCUUGGGGACAUCGCUCUCCUGCAGGCCUAACUGCUGUUCACCUGGUGGGCUCAGACAGGAAAGUCCUUUGUUUGACAGUACACUUCCCAGUCAAGCCAGAAGAGCUAAAUCAAGCUUAAGUCAACACGUUGGCAGGUCAGGGCUGUCUGGUGGCUGAGGCUUUCAGGAACCCUGAAUUUAGAGCUCCUGCCCUGUCCUUCAGCUGCUUUUGUGCAGGCAGAAGCUGAUGGGGGAGACCUGGGAAGAGCACUCUGCUUUGUGACCUGUAUCUGUCUGGAUGCCCCUUUAAGGCCAGGCUGUCUCUUGGAGCACCCAACAGCACAGAGUGAAGACAUGCCCCAAUACUUUGGAUACUCUUACCCUCCUUUCAUCUUCAAGCUUGCUUCAAAGAAAUGAGGAUUUGCUGUUUAGACUAACUUGGUGUAGUUCCUUCUGCUAAUGCUUCACAGAUUAAAACCGUGUCCCACUCCAGAGCUGUGAUGUGCAAUUCCAAGCCUCUGAAGUGGGAUACUGCUAUUAAAUUAAUUCGUUGGGUCUUUUCCACAGAGCCUGCUCCCUGUUUUGUCUGUCCUCUCGCUCCUGUUCUUUGUUGUUUGGAGCGAAGGUGUUGAUCCCUGGUAUUGCUCACUCCCCUCCCUGUUCCCUACACCCGGGGCUGGGGCAGAGACCUUCCCCUGGCAUUCCUGGGUGUCAGGAGCACUCCGCAGUCCCUGCUUUGCCUGGCUCGGUGUAAGCUAUCUACCUGGCUCAUCCAGACAGUACCGAUUCCUUCACACUUGUUUGUGCCUUGUGCCCCCACCUCUUUUUUCGCCACACAUGGGUUGUUAUUGUCUUGCUCCUGCUGCUAAGUGCAAAACUGGCCAGGCUGCAAUGGACUUGACAGAGCUUCAGGUGAGAUCCCUAGGAAACCAUGUGCUUUGUGCCGGCUGGGAGGGCGUUUGUGCUGCAUCUGCCUGGCUGAUCCUUUGGCACAUGCAGGGUGCACAAAAGCUGUCUCUUGAAGGGGUCCUCCUCAACUGCUGCCCUGCUCUCUCCAUGCCUGGCCUCAUCCUGAAGGGGCUGGUUUAACCCACUGCCCAAGAACCUUCUGUGCUUAAAUUUCCAACACUAAUGUUCUAAAAGCAUUUUUUUUCCCUCCUUGAUCUCAGCCUACACUACCUGUCCCUUUGGGAUCUGAGGGCCAGACAUUGUGCCCUGCUGAGCAAGGGCUGAGCACUCACUCCCUGAAGAGAACCCUAAUUUUUCUUCAGUGCUCACUCUGUCCUUCUUCCACCUGGUUUCUGGGUGAAUGGCCUGUCCACACUUGGGUGAAAAGGUGUAAACUUUAUCUGACAUUGGUGCCUGUUCUGCUGCCUCCUGCCUUCACUUCUGAAAUUGCUGAGCUCCAAGAAAGGCAUUUGAUCAUGUUCUGAAAGAAACAUGAAAAUCUUUGCCCCUCACAGCAGCUGAAGCUGCAGCUCUGUGGCUUCCUCAAGUGAGCGAGGCUUACUCUCAGCAGGAAAACUGCUGUGCCCAGUAUUUGGAGCCUGGGAAUUCAGCCACAGAAAUCAGAGUGAGCGCAGACUUGGGUAACUUCAAUCAAAUGCCAGACAUGUUAAAGGGGAGGGUUUUUUCCUGGGAAUAGGGAUUUAGGAAGAGCCCUCACCUUUCUGACUCAGUGCUGUCACCCUAGAGCAGAGGACAUUUUGCAGCAGCAUGGGGAAAUGAAUUUGGGCUAAACAAAACAAACCUCCCUGUCAGAGAGGAGGAAUGGAGCGUGCACCCUGCCCUGGGGCUCCUUGCUUGGUGACUACCUGUGUCACCCACCUACCUCACAGGGCUGUUGUGAGGCUUAACUGGCAAAAGUGCUCAGGCCAGGCAGAAGGGCACCAGCAGUGUCUGUAGCAUUAACACUAUUAAAAGCAUCAGAGUGAUUGAUGUUGCCUCUUGUCUUGUUUGGUGGCAUCAGGGUGGGGGUCCAUGUCCCCUCUGGCUCUCCCUCACCACUUCCCCAUCCUCCCCAACUGCUGCGAGGCACUUGCCAGUCACUCACUGGCCAAUGUUGACCCACAGCUUUGUGAGACAAGGCUGGAUCCGAGCAGUCAGCCUCUGCGGGACGGCCAAGCACAGGAUUUGAGAUGCCAACAGCAGCACCCUGCUCUGGGAGCUGCCCUUGAGGCCCUGGAGACUCCCCCUUGACCACAGAAUCAACCCUUCAAUUGUGGAAACAUUUGUGCAAGUCCGAGGUUGCAGCAAAGCAGCACCCAUUUGUGCUGAAAUUCAGCCAGGUGGCAUCUGCUGGGCCCCUUCAUAGCCCUGCGUGCUCUUCAGCUUUGCCCUUGGCCCUACAAGGCAGAGACAAGAUAAGGGCUGAGCAGGCACCUGAUGGUUUGGGUUUGGCCUGGAACCAGCUCCCCCAGCCCCACCAAGGUGACACAGCCCCCACAGCAAGGACACUGAAUACAGGGCUGGCUCUGGGGAAGCUGAUUUUGGGACUCUGAAACAGGGACUGGGGUGAGGAGAGGCUUUGGCUGGCUCGUUCUGUGGGUCAGCAUGCAUACCCUGACCCUUGGCUCUGUGGCACUGAGAAGGAGGUGUGGAACCUGCCCACUUCUCCAUUGCAUUUCAGGCACCUGUGGCUCUACCAUCCCAUCCAGGACUUUUGUUCCUGGCAAGAAGGAAGCUGGCAACAGGGAAAAGGCUGUGAGACUGCCAACAGCUGGCCAGAUCCCUCCUUCAGCUAUGCAGGGCCUUGCCUGCUGCAAGGUAGUGGAGUUGGUCACCCCCACAGGGAUUUCCGCACCUUGCACUGACCUGGCUUGGCUGCAGAAAUUCACACUGGGGUUAACAUCAAACCCUUGGGAAGAUAUUAUUCUGUAACCAGCCAAAGCCUCUCAUCUGCCCCUACACGCAGGCCUGCAGUAGCUCCAGAGCCCCACAUCUCCUCCUCUGGCAGGAGGGUCAUGCCCACCCAAGAAGAAUGUCCAAGCAGAUCUGCAACUUGUCAUCGCAGCCCAGCAUGGCAGGAGCUGUGGCACCAGCCUGCAGCCCGAGGGAUAAUGAGCUGUCUCUUGGGAGCUGCUUUUUUCUGAAACACUCUGGAUUUGCAGUACUGGCUGUGCCAGGCCCUGGUCAGGAGGGCUCUGGACCAGCAGCUGGAUAGUGGGGCAACUAACAGGCAAAGGGACGAGAGAGCCAUAAGCCAUGUUGUGCACU